CUUUUCUCCAUUUCAUCAUAGGGGGGUGUUCAGUUCUAGGGUAAACAUGAAGGGGGUCUUAAUAGUAUAUCUCUUUCUUCCUAGGUGUCCAAUCAGAGGUUCGGCUGGAGGAGUCUGGAGGAGAUGCCAAAAGGCCUAGUGAGUCUCUCCGUCUCUCCUGUCGAGCCUCUGGCUACACCUUUAGCAACUACUGGAUGAGCUGGGUAAGACAGGCUCCCGGGAAGGGUCUGGAAUAUGUGGCAGAAAUAAAUCCAGAGUCCACUACCUUUCGCUACGGGGAUAAAGUGAAGGGACGAUUCACCAUCUCCAGGGACAAUUCAAACAGUUUGUUGUAUCUGCAAAUGAACAACCUGAAGCCCGAGGACACGGCUGUGUAUUACUGUACAGGAGCACACAGUGAGAGGAAGUGAUACUGAAGCCUGGCAAAAACCCUCUUUCGCUCAUGGCUGCUAAAUUUAUUAAGCUGCAAGAGACUAAAUAGAUUGAUUCUGGUCGCUGGGACAAUAGGUUGAUCUUGUGUUACCAUUCAGAGAUAGACAGAAAUCCAUCUGUCUGUCUCUGAAUGAAAAAAGAAAAGAGGAAGAGGAGAAGAGGAGGUUAAGGGGUGAUAUAAUAGCCAUGUUCAAAUAUAUAAAAGGAUGUCAUAUAGGGGAGGGAGAAAGGUUGUUUUCUGUUGCUCCAGAGAAGCGGACACGGAGCAAUGGAUCCAAACUACAAGAAAGAAGAUUCCACCUAAACAUUAGGAAGAACUUCCUGACAGUAAGAGCUGUUCGACAGUGGAAUUUGCUGCCAAAGAGUGUGGUGGAGUCUCCUUCUUUGGAGGUCUUUAAGCAGAGGCUUGACAACCAUAUGUCAGGAGUGCUCUGAUGGUGUUUCCUGCUUGGCAGGGGGUUGGACUCGAUGGCCCUUGUGGUCUAUUCCAACUCUAUGAUUCUAUGAUCUCUACAGCGGUAAAUGUGUGUGCUCUCUCCAGACAUGUUAUAAUACAUACAUAGCUAGGUCAGGGGCAAAGCCUGCCAUUAUAAUGCUGCUCUUAAUUCAGAUUGUGAUUGUUUCAGAUAUGAACGGGAUCCAGAAAAAUGAUUCUCACCUUCUCUCUCUCUUUGUCUCUCUAUUCACAAGCUACCAAGCUACACUUGCUUUUCACGCAGAGAGAGUAAUUGCUAGUUCCCUGCAGGAUAGGUUUAUUCCCCAUUCAGAAAAUCUCAUAUUAAAUGUAAUUGAAAAGACUUUACACCUUGAAAAAGAGACAAGGCACGUACUUUUGUAAACCAAGAAAAUCUUUUAACUUUUUUAAAAAAAUAAUAAAAUAGAAAAGAUUCAAAGACACGAAAGGCAUUUUAUAGUACUUCUCCCCUCAUUCCCCAACCCCUCAUCCAAAAUAUACCAAAUGAAAAGUGAACCUGGUCAGUCACCAUCAUGUAUCAACAGGAAUUAAAAGGAAAGGUUGUGGCUGAUGGACCAAAAAGAAAUCAAAAUAUCUGUCCUCCAUAGCCGCCUGGAGAUGAGAAUGGAACUGAAAUGGAACUCUGUUAAACUGUUGUGUUUGGUGGUUUGUGGACCCCUCUUCUGGAGUAAGCUGAGGUGGAUGGCUUAGCACACAACUCAUUUCCCUAGGUGCACCCAGAUAUGGUUUGUGUGUAUCUUUGUCUGUGUACCACAGGCAUGUGUGACACCUACUCACCUCUCCACUGAGAUGAAGGAUAAGAAUCAAGUUGAGGGGCACACUAUUCAGGAAUACUAUUUGCUGUGUUUAGAUGAGGGCUCCAUCCUGGCUUGGACUAUUGGGAAUGUGGUCCCCAAUAGAGUUGGCCAUGCUGCCUGGGUCUGAUGAGAGGUCUGAUCUAGCAACAUCUAUCCUCAGCAAAGGAGUCUCCCAAAACAACUUCAUUUCUUCUCUAAUAGGAGAAAGCAGUAACAUCCAGGCACCAGCAAAUUAAUAAUGAGUUCUUUAUAGAACUUUAAAGGGGAAGAAUGUGAAAUUUACAAAAAUGAUCAGCAACUCAAAGUUCAGUACUCAAGAAAGACAGCUACCCCUCCAUUCAGCUGUACAUGCCACGAGUCUCUCCAGCCAUGAUAUAAUGAGCACCUAGGACAGGUGCAAAACCUGCCAUCAUGCUGCUGCUGUUCUUCCUUUAUUGUGGUCAUCUGAAUGGGAUCCAGACGGAAAUUCUCCCCUUUGAGUAUCUUUCUACUCACAAACUACCAAAUCUUUGUUUUACAUAUGCCCACACACCCUAUUUUUAACGCUGUCAGUUCCCCACACGACAACUGAAUCCCCUGUUCAGAAAACAGAAACAUUCAAAGCCAUGAAAGGAAGUUUAUAGUACUUCUCUCCCCAUACUCCAAUUCCUCAUUCAAAAUAACAACAACUCAAAAUUAAAAUAUCCACAUUUGUUUUCAGUACAGCUGUAUGCUUGUUGGUCCUCUACAAUGCCCAACUUCACUAGAAGGAAAAUUCAUUCAUCUGAACCCCUGAACUCUUCAAUUUUUCCUACUGCUUGUCACAAGGGGGCAGGCAUGGUGUGGAGAAUACAGGAUGCCUUCAGCUGUAACUGAAAUAAAACCACAAUCCAAGUACUGUUGCUGUUUUCAGCUGUGAGUCUAAUUAUAUUUUAGACAUUUCCUUGAUAACUGUUUAUGUACAAAUCCCAGGAAAGAUUGACUCCCUGAGAGACUUACCCACACUCAUCUCUGUUUCUUCAGUCCUUGGAUAAUGAUUCAUGGUGGGGAAAUGUACCUGAAUUGUUAGGAGAACAAUAUUCCCACUCCCAGAGAUACAAUUCCCAGAGCUCCCUGGGAAGAGGAACUGACUCUGGGAAUUGUAGCUCUGGGAGGCGAAUAGGGGUCUCCUAACAACUCCUAGCACUCUUCACAAACCACAGCUCCCAUAAUGCUUUGAGGGAACCUAUGCAUUUUUAAAAUGGUGAUACAGUGCUUUAACUGCAUGGUGUGAGUGUGGCCUCAUUGUAUGGGACAAUGGGCUGAAAACCAAGGCCAGCCACCAUCAGCAGGUCUGAGGUAUAAAAUAAAAAAUGAAAUAAAAAUCUGUCACUGGUACCAACAACCUUUCAAAGCACCCUGCACAUCCAAAAUGCUGGAUUUUACAUUCCCCCCAUACACCAUCCAUUACAAAUUAUCUCUAUGCACGUGUUUGCAUGAAGCAGUGGCAAAGCCAUCAAUAAACCUUGAUGCCAAACCUGUUUCCAGAUACCCUCUUUAUGUGUCAUGAGCCGGGGGGGGGGGAGGCCUCAUGCAAAUAUCUCCAGGAGGUUUCAAAAGAAUCUCCUUCAAUAUAAAAGUUUCACAUGCUUCCACUCCCCAAAUCACUAAGACAUUACUUCAUUAACAUUAUGAAGUUUUUCUUAUUCUUGUUUUCUUUGGCAGCCUUUCCAAAAUGUAAGUGUGUUUUCGGUGGAAAGUUGAGAAAUAUUGGAGGUGAUUGGAUGGUGCUCAAACAUUAAUUGAAACAUUCUCUGCUUUUAGGGGUCUUCUCAGACAUUCAGCUUGUAUUGUCUGGGUCAGGAAUGGUGAGGCCAGGAGAGAACCUCAACCUGCUCUGUAAGGUCACAGGUUUCUGCAUCUCCACUCAGCAUUGUGUGUGGCACUGGGUCCGCCAAGCACCUGGGAAAGGGCUAGAAUGGACUGGAAGCACAUACCCCUAUGAUGGGGGAAAGUGGUAUGCCCCUUCUCUGAAGAAUCGUGCAACCAUUUCAUCAGUCAACUCCAGGAACGAGGUCUCCCUCCAGCUGAACACCCUCACAGCUGCAGAUUCGGCCAUGUAUUUCUGUGCCCGAGAAUACCACAGUGAGAUAAGGUCUACUGGGGCUGUGUAUAAAAAGGAAGGAACUGCUUCCAAAUCCGGAAUCCCCACUUGUAAUUGCUGAGUAAUAAAUAUACUGUGUAAAGAUACUUAACCGAGCAAUCCUGUGCUCUGCUGAUGCUGGGGAGGGAACAAUUAUGUUGCAGCAUUUUGGUUAUUAGCCUAAUGAAGGCAUGGUAUGGGCAUUUACUAUGUGACUCAACAUCUUUGCUUUCGAUGAAAUUAUGAGAUGUGGUGAAUGUUGGACCCAAAGCCUAGCAGGGAAGUGGCAAGGACAUGCACACAAGCCCCACUCUCAGAGACUUCACAUACAGUGGUCACCCUCAAUCCUCCGACACCACUCCUUCUGCCUGUGUUUGGGACUGUGCGUUUCUUUGCCUUAGCAUUAUUAGGCAUAACCUCAAACCUGCAUUUGUAGGAGCUAGCAGAGCUCCAUCAAGUAAGCCAGCUUCCUUACCAUACACUUGAUUUUCCAUUUAUUUUAUUUUAUUCUUACAUUACUACAAUGUUACAAUAAAAACCCCAUCUUUUAACAUUUUUUGCAUUACAUUCUCUCUCUCUCUCUCUCUCUCUCUCUCUCUCUCUCUCCCUCUCCCCCCCAAUUAUCCUUGAAUAAUUUCACCCUUUUAUAUCCCUGUGACUUCCCUCCACCUGUGUUUGGCAUCAUUAAGUUUGUUACUGUAUCCUUUAAUUUGUGUUUAAACAAUAUAUUUAAAAUAUUAACCAUAACAUAUUGUACCUCUCUUAUCAUAACUUUGUGGAUUUCAGACUAAACAUAUCAUUCUUUUGGAACUGUUUUACCAUAUAGUCACCUACACAUUCCCAUUCUUUCUUUAAGUUUUGAUUAGAUAAAGUCCCGUCAGUGGCAGAAUGGCCAAUUAAAUUUUGUGAAUUCCUUGAAUUGGCCAAAAUGACGGCAGCAAUUAGAUUGCAAUCUAAUCAAAACUUGAUUCCCAGAUGAAUAACAAUAGAAACAUGAUGCUUUUAACACCAACCAGUUUUUUAAAUGUUUCCAUCCGUAUUCCACUUCACAUGCAGCCUGAUGAAGAAGAACUAAAGACUGCUUGCUAUUGUGCAAGUUACUCCAACGAUGUUCUUGUCCUACAAGCCAUUUAUCAACUGACACAUUUGCUGAAAUAUUUUUACCGACGGAAACCCCAUGAAGCACCCAGAAGUCAAACUUUGUUCUGUGAAAGGCAGGCAUGUCCAAAGUCCAUUUGGGGGGCCUAAUCCGGCUCCCUGGCUGGUUUUAUCUGACCCCGAGACAGUUUGUUUAUUGGGGUCAAAUCCUUAGAAAAGCUCAACAAGUACAAUCCUAAAAAAAGCUCAAGAACUUUGGGGUAAAAUCCUAAAAGAAGCUCAACAACUUUGGUCAGCCCUCAUGCACAUUCACUUCAUCAAAUCUGGCCCUUGUUGGAAAAAAGCUUGGGCACCCCUGGUGUAAGGCUUUAUUCCAGUUGCUGUCUUGCAUCAUCAUAUAGCAGUCUUCUUACAUUUCCAGCAUUUUACAACCAAAACUUUGGCAUCAGUGUCAGGAAUCUGUUGUGAAUGUCCAUCUUUCCUUUUAUUAACAACCACUGGCAGACAAUUCCACAAUAAUAUUUCUCUUUCAUUGCUGAACUAUUCCUCAUAGUUUUUAAUGAAUUGGGAACCUAAAAGUGCUAUUUUUGGCAUUGAACUCACACCUCCUACCCUACAGCUCUCUGUAGCAUAGCUGUCAACUUUUCCCUUUUCUUGUGAGGAACCCUAUCCAGAAUAAGAGAAUUUCCCUUUAAAAAAAGGGAAGCGUUGACAGCUUUGCUCUGUAGAUUUCAUGAGAAAUUGUUUGCCAUUCCUGAAAUCAUGCCUUCAUUUUAUACUUGAAAUCAUUUUAUACGUACUGUAUAAAAACAGAGAGCAUUUGUGGAAGGCCUGAUUGACUCUUUUAUCUGGAGGUAUAUGUAAAUGCACGGUCAGCUUCCUGUUUAAAUCAGCCAGACUCCCUCCCAGCUAGAGCUACACCAAAAGGCAGAACGCUCUGUAGAUACAGGAUCACUUUCAGUCAAUGCAUCUCAAAGCUCAAGUUGGGAAAAUGCUGCUUUUAUUUCCAAUUGUUUUCCUUUCCAUCUUUGGGGGUAAUUUUUCUCCAUUUCCUAUUAGGGGUGUGUUCAGAUCUUGAGGUUAACAUGAAGGGGGUCUUAAUAGUAUAUCUCUUUCUCCCUAGGUGCCCAAUCAGAGGUUCGGCUGGAGGAGUCUGGAGGAGAUGUCAGAAGGCCUGGGGAGUCUACCCGCCUCUCCUGUCGAGCCUUCGAGUUCACCUUUGGCAGCUACUGGAUGAGCUGGGUGAAAAAGGUUCCUGGGAAGGGCGUCGAAUGGGUGGGAGAAAUACAGCCAGAUUCAGCUAGCAUUACCUACUUGGAUAAAUUCAAAGGGCGAUUCACCAUCUCCAGGGACAAUUCAAACAGCUUGUUGUAUCUGCAAAUAUACAACUUGAAACCUGAGGACACAGCUGUGUAUUACUGUGCAAGACGCACAGUGAGAGGAAGUGAAUCUGAAGGCAGGCAAAAACUGCCCUCUGCUUAUGGCAGCUAAGUUCAUUCAGCUGCAAGAGACCGGAGAAAACUACAGUGGUACCUCAAAAGUUAAAUGGAAUUAGUUCCGGAAGUCUGUUCGACUUUCACAACGUUUGGAAACCAACACACGGCUUCCAACUGGCUGCAGGAAGCUCCCACAGGCAAUUGGAACUCGUGGAAGCCCCGUUGGAUGUUUGGCUUCCAAAGAACGUUCACAAACUGGAACACUCACUUCGAGGUUUGCAGCGUUCGGAAGCAAAAACUUUCGACUCACGAGGUGUUCGGGAUCCAAGGCACAACUGUAUUCAGAUAACUGAGACAAGUUUGAUCUUGUCUUUUCUUGGGUUCCCAUUCAGAAAGAGAUAUCCACCCACUGAUACAGCUGUAAAUGUGUGGACUGUCAUUAGUCAAGUUACAAUGGAAAUACUUUGUCGGGGGCAAAUCCUGCCAUCACGAUGAUGCUCUUCUUUCAGACUGGGCAUCUGAAUGGCAUCAAGAAUGACAAUUCUCACAUCUCCUCUUUCUGUGUUUCUCUUUUCACAACCUGCUUUUCUCAAACACAAAGGUGCAGAACGCUCUCACAACACUUUUCAGAAAACAAAGCGAUGAAAGAAACCUUAUGGUACUUCUCCCAUCAUUCCCCAAUCUCUCAAUCCAAAUAUACAAAACCAAAAGCGGUCCUGGCCUUUCUCCUUCAUCAAAUGACAGGACUUUAAAAAGGUUAUGCUAUGCAUGAUGGGUGAGGAAGAAACCAGUAUGUCUGUUCUCCAUAUCUAGCUGGAGAUGAAAAUGAUACCAUCUUUCAGAAGCUGAGGUUGAACUCUCGUAAAAUUAUUUUAUUCAUUCAUACAUACAUACAUACAUACCCCGCCCACUCUUGGUGGCUCCCACAAAUUAAAAGCAUAAUAAAGCAUCACACAUUAAAAACCUCCAUAAAUAGGGCUGCCUUCAGAUGUCUUCUAAAAGUCGGAUAGUUGUUUAUUUCCUUGACAUCUGAUGGGAGGGCGUUCCACAGGGUGGGCGCCACCACCAAGAAGGCCCUUUCCCUGUAACCUCACUUCUCCCAGGGAGGGUGCUGGACCUCAGUGUCCAGGCAGAAUGAUGGGGAGUGGAGACGGUCCUUCAGGCACACUGGGCCAAGGCCAUUUAGGGCUUUAAAGGUCAGGAGCAACACUCUGAAUUAUGCUCAGAAACAUCAUGGGAGCCAAUGUAGGUCUUUCAGGACCAGUGUUAUGGUUGGUGAACUGUGGACCCUUGUUCUGGAGUAAAUUGGGGUUGCAGCUUAACACACACCUGUUGGGGGAUUCCACAGGUCUAUUCAGAUGUUGUUAGUGUGUCUAUGUGUCUAAGUAACACAGCCAUGUGUGACAUUUCCCACCCACUCACCACUUUACCCAACUCAAAGAUAAGAACCAAGAUGGAAAACAACAGUGUCUGUUAAGCUAAGUUAAGCUAUGACAUUCGCUAUGUGUGUGCCCAUGGCUCCCAUUUUGGGGAAGCUGGUGAUUUAUUGAAGUGGGACAUUCUGCAACAAAAAUUGACAUAUCUAGGUUUUUGUAAUAAGGAACGCCAAGACUAUUUAACAUGAGCAUAAGAGCAUAAUGAAAGUCCUGUCAGUUCCCCACACUACAAGUGAAUUCCCUGUUCAGAAAACAUUCAAAGUCAUUAAAGGAACUUCAUUAGACCUCUCUUCCCACCCUCCAAUCCCUCAUUCAAAAUAUCAACAGCUCAAAGUUAAAUUAUCUAAAUUUGUUUUCAGUACAGCUGUAUGCUUGGUGCUCCUCCACCCUGCCCAACUUCACUAGACAGAAAAUUCAUCCAUCUCUACUAACCCAUAAUUUCACACAUUAAGCAUCUUCUCUCAAAACUGGGCCUCAGAACUCUUCACUUCUUCUCCCUGUUUCUCAAAAGGGGGCAGGCAUGGUGUGGAGAAAUCAAGAUGCCUUCAGCUGUAACUGAAAUAAAACCACAAUCCAAGUACUCUUGCUGUUUUCAGCUGUGAAUCUAGUUAUUUUUUAGACGUUUCCUUGAUAACUUUUUAUGUGCAAAUCCCGGGAGAGGUUGACUCCCUGAGAGACUUUCUCAAACUUGUCUCUGUUUCUUCAGCCUGUGCUUAGUGAUACCUUGGUCUAAGAACAGUCCUGUUAAUGAAUGAUUUGGGCAACACACUCUGCAAAACCAGGAGUAGGUGUUCCGGCUAGCGAACUUUGCCCCAGAAGACGAUGUUGAGUUUUCUUAAUAUUGAUGUGGUCAAUGAUGCUACUCAGAGGUGUGUGUUUGUAAUUAUAACCUGCAUGGUGGCACAUCUGUGAGCUCUUAACAAUUCAACACACCUGUAGUAUCUUAACAAUUUAACUAAUUAGCAGGGGGAGUUUACCUGCUGCACUGAAUGCAGUAAUGUGAUAGGGUAAUUGAUUAUUUUGAAAACUGUAUUUAAGUUGAUCAAAUGCUUUGUAUGGUACUGGCUGGUGUAGAGUGGUGAGUUGCAGCUGUUUGAUUAUUAUUUAAAAAUAAAGUAAGCAAAGAUAUUGUGGGCACAUUUUUAUUCUGUAUCCCCAGUCGCUGCGCAAAUUCGGUUGGCGAAGAAAGUCCAAGAGAUGAAUGGAAGCCGACAGAUGGAAGGGCACUGGUGACGGGAAGCCUCAUUGGGGAAAGCACACCCUUGGUUUAAGAACGUUUUCAGCUUAAGAACGGGCUUCUGGAAUGAAUUAAGUUCAUAAACGGAGGUACCACUGUACAUGGUUGUUAAAUGUGCCUGAGUUGUUAACAGACCCCCUACUCCCCCCCCCCCAGCUAUUAUUCCCUGACUUUCCUAGGAAGAGGGACCAACUGUUAAACCAUUCUGGGAACUGUAGCUCUGGGAAUAGAAUUGGGAUCUCUUAACGGCUCUCAGCACCCUUCACAAUGUACAGCUCCCAUAAUGCUUUGUGAGAAGGUUCAACUGUUUAAAGCGGUGUCACAGUGCUUUUAACUGCAUGGUGUGGAUGUGGCUUCAGGGUCAUUUGGACAGUGAUCUGAAAGCAUGAACUGCGAAAAGCCUGCCACAACCAGCCAUUUUCAAUUGUAAAUAUUGGGUUUUGCUUUCUGCAAAUAGUUCCUCUAUUACAACUUUGGGAAGGGAGGAGAAUCAGUGAGGAAGCCAGCAGCAAACCCUAUAACCAGAAUUGCUUCUAGUACCUCCUUUUAUGUUAGGAGUCACAGGGGGAAGGCCUCAUGCAAAUAUCUCCAAGAGUUUUAAAAAAGAAUCCACUUCAAUAUAAAAUCUUUCCUUGCUUCCCGCUUCAAGAUCCCUUCUUUCCUCUCUUGUUAGGACAUUACUUUGCUAACAUGAUAAAGUUCUUGUUGUUUUUGUUUUCUUUGGUGGCCUCUCAAAAAUGUAAGUGUUUUUAACUGUGGGAAGUUCAGAAAUAUGCAUCUAUUUCAUGUGGUGAUUAGAUGAUUUUUCAAGUGCUUACUGAAAAUUCUGUUCUCAAGGGGUGUUAAUUUAUUUCAAGUAUGUACAGUAUUGAUUCAUUUCAUGUGUGGAUUGAAUGCUAUUCAAACAUUAAUUGACAAAUUCUCUGUUUUCAAGGGGUCUUAUCAGACAUUCAGCUUGAAUUGUCUGGGCCAGGAAUGAAGAGACCGGGAGAGAACCUCAGCCUGCUCUGUAAAGUCACGGGUUUCUCCAUCUCCACUCAGCAUUGUGUGUGGCACUGGGUCCGCCAAGCACCUGGGAAAGGUCUUGAUUUUAUUGCAGGAGCAGACCCCAAUGAUGGGAGAAAGUGGUAUACUCCUUCCCUGAAGAGCCGUACAGCUGUUUCUUCAGACAAGUCCAAGAAUGAGCUCUCUCUCCAGCUGAACUCCCUGACAGCUGCAGACUCAGCCAUGUAUUUCUGUGUCCGAGAAUACCACAGUGAAUCAAGAUCUAUUGAGUUGUGUGCAAAAACAGGAAGCUUUCAGAAUGUAGAAUCCCUGCUUCUGUUCAGAGACUAA